AUGCUUCAAAGACGUCGAGCUGGGGCAAAGCACUUGUCAAUUCACUGUUCACCGCGACAUACACCUUUUGUGGCGCCCUCAUCCCCCAAACUACCGACGAAAAUACGACACUCGACACUCGCCCACCUACCAAUAAAAUAUGCAAUCUCCCAAAGUCUCAAACAUAGAAUAAACCCUUACGGGUCGAACAAAGGGAAUGGAAUACUAGCUCUCGGUUGGUUCAAAUUCAACGCCUUUACAAACCCCAUAAAGGGGCAAGAAGGUACACGACUCUUUUCACAUUCUUCUACAUGGAAUAAAAACUCAAAUCAAAAUCAUACAAUCGAGCGGAGGGUUUUCCGUGACAAGCGCUCAUUCUCGAGGUUAGGCGCAAAUGUAUCGCAAAGAAGCAUUACAACUUCAAGCAAAGUAUCAAGUGAAAAACUAGUUGUUGAAAGGUUUGAGGCGUUGGCGGGAAUCAUAGAGAACAUUCAAGAUGAAAAAAGGGGACAGGCGGAGCUUCUCUCAGAACCAACUGCUAUGCAGCCCGGGGCGACAGUAGAACAGACCACUACCGUCGAGGCCGUCACCGAGACUACCGUAAGCUACCAAACAGAACCGGGCCAAAUUCUCCUCGAAAGCCUCGAAUUUACUCCGGAACCGGAACCAUAUGAUCCGUUCAUGGAGUUUCAAAUAUUGGAAGAGGAAUUGGAACGAAAACAACUUCUAAAAGCCGGCAAUGUCAAUAAGACUUGGAGUCAUCUAUUAUACCAAAAUAAGGAGGCAGAACCCCCUAAGGUACAUUAUUGCAAGACAGUUGAAGAGGCAAAUAACGCAGCGGCACUCUUCCUAAACGAUAAAUUUAUUGGAUUUGAUUUGGAGUGGGAUCCGUGGGCGAAAGUUACUGAAAAAUCACCAAGAUCUCAUGUAUCUUUAAUGCAAAUUGCCAACCAGAGUGAUAUCGCCCUCUUUCAUAUUUCACUUUUUGACUGCAAAAAAAAUGGAUUUAUACCCGAAAAUCUUCACAAGAUCUUAGUCUCUGAGGAUAUAUUAAAGGUCGGUGUUAAUAUUGGUGGCGAUGCUCUAAGAGUGUACAAAUAUCUCAACAUCUCUAUGCAAGGGACUUUCGAGCUUAGCGAUUAUAGGAACUUGUUGAAUACAGGGAAAGUGAGAUUUAGCCAAUGGAAAAAACCAUUGACUAACAAACAAAUACAAUAUGCCGCAGCCGAUGCCUAUGCAGGAGUGCGGAUAUUCGAUGUUUUCCAAACAAGGAGAAGCAGGCUUAAGCCCUGCCCACCCUUACCAAAGCCCCGUGUGCUGAAUAUACAGGGGCUUGGGGUAAAGAAGACUCGGAAAAUAUCUAAAACAUCAAUACCUACAGAAAGCAAUGGAGGAAACGAAAACCCCAUGGACAAAUCGAUAUUACCCCUCACAAAGAACCUAUCGAAAAUCGGGGGCGGAUUAAACGGACAAAAAAGGUCCAAAGAGGUCGAAGAAGCAGAUAAAUGGGUGACAAAGUAUAUGGCACAAGAAGGAACUUUGGUAGCUUCUGGACCACAGCUACGAGCUUACGCGAUGUGGCAUGAAGGUGGCUGUGGAGUAGAAGAGAUAUCUAAACUUUGGAGGGACCCACCUCUCAAGUUGCGCACUGUGGCCGACUACAUUUUAGAAGCUAUCCGCCUGGAGAGUCUACCAUAUGAGAAAGAAAAAGUUAAAGAGUUGAUCACACACGCAGGCCAACUGCUAAUUUCCCCUGGGAGAAGAAAGUUGGGCUUAAAAAGUGGAUGUAAUCAGCAGAGAACGACGUGGUCAUUGGCUUACAUGGAUGAUGAUGCUACUCUGUAG